AAACGAACGCAAUUAAACUGUCUGAUAAAACUGGAGUAUUAGAACAUGUUGAAUGAAAUACAUAAAACCGCUACGAUUUUUCGCAGGCAGGUUAUUAAGAAAUCAAUUUUACCGCGUUUCGCCUCAAAGGACUGCGGUCCACCGUGGACAGGCACCUACAAUGAUCUGCCACAACCUGAAGGCGAUUGGAAAAUUAUAAACGAUCGAAUCCAAAAAAAGGGCAUGAAGGUGUUGAUAUUAGGUAUAAGCUCUUUGGUUAUCACCAUUCUAUUUGGGAAGGCUUCAGGAAUGCUGGAUGGCCAUCAUGAAUUUCCUGACAGGCCUGCUCCAUCCAACAAUUACAAAUGUGCGCCAUAGGCAAUAAAUUAUUAUCUAAUGAGUAAUAUAGAG